AUGAAAUUCAUCUCGGUUGUCCUAACGGUCUUCCUAGCUGUGUCGAUCAAUAAAUCAUUUGGACAAGAUGAAUUGUUUCCACCAGUGGGUUCUUGUGGCAUAACAAACAUUGAGCCAAAAGAAUCAACAAGAAUUGUAAAUGGUAUUGCAGCCACUCCUCAUUCAUUCCCAUGGCAAUGUCUUUUAGUUGGAUUUUUUACCAAUGGAACAGCUAAACAUUAUUGUGGAUGUUCUAUAAUUUCACCCCGUCAUAUCCUCACGGCUGCGCAUUGUGUUGUGGACAUGAAAAAUGAUCCAGACAAUGUUCGUAUCUAUCCAGGAUUACACUAUUUUUCAGCUAGUACGUUAAUAAAAGAUAAUGGGUUACCAUGCCGCGAAAUAUUUGUACAUGGAUCCUAUGCUGCAUCAAGUUUAAAUAACGAUGUAGCAGUUCUACGUUUAAAAACAGCCGUUCAAAUUGAUUAUGAAAAAACAGCUCCCAUCUGUUAUCCAUUAGCGACAAAUGCUGAUGCCGUUAAAGUAAACGAAGAAGUUAUCGCGACUGGUUGGGGUUCAAUGAGUGGUUCACCCAACAGAACAUCAGCACAUCGUCCAACAGAAUUAAUGCAAGUUCGUUUAAAACAUGUGCCAAAUAGUCAGACCGAUUGUAAAAAAUUAACGUCUAUUCUUGGCUUCAUUGAUCAACCUGCUAAAAUGUGUGCAUAUGGAGAAUGGAAAUCUGUGUGUUUUGGUGACAGUGGUGGCCCAUUAAUUCGCAAACGAACAACAAAUGGCGGUCAAACGUAUUAUGAACAAGUUGGAAUUAUGUCUGGUACAAUUGACUGCAGUUUCACGAAACCGAUGCCGGAUAUUUACGCCAAUGUAAGAUAUUUAUCAAAAUUUAUAACUGAUUCUGUUAAAAAAUCGCCAUAA